AUGAGACAGUUGGAAUGGAGAGGGGAAGUGAACUUUAGAGUCCAAUGUGGUUGGAAUAAUUGGAGGAAAGUCUCUGGCGUGAUAUGUGACAAGAGAGUACCAGUGAGACUGAAAGGUAAAGUUCACAAGGCAGUAGUUAGAUCUGCCUUCAUCUAUGGCCUGGAAACAGCACCUCUGAAGAAGUCGAAAGAGAAGAAGAUGAAUGGGACAGAAAGGAAAAUGUUGAGAUGGAUGGUAGAAGUGACAAGAAGAGAUAGAAUCAGAAAUGAAUACGUCAGAGGGACAGUUAAAGUAGUUGAGGUGUCAAAGAAGAUUCAAGAGUCAAGAUUGAGAUAG